CCGCCCGAGCGGGGUCGGGGGAGGGGGCAGCAUGGCCUGUCCGUCCGGCCCCCUUCGCCGCGCUCCUCAUCUGCCCCGCGCCGAGCGCUGCCGCCGCCGCCGCCGCCGCCGCUCCGCUGCCCGCGUCGCCCGCGGCUCCCGAUGGAGACUGACGCGCCCCAGCCCGGCCUCGCCUCCCCGGACUCGCCGCACGACCCCUGCAAGAUGUUCAUCGGGGGACUCAGUUGGCAGACUACGCAGGAAGGGCUGCGCGAAUACUUCGGCCAGUUCGGGGAGGUGAAGGAGUGUCUGGUGAUGCGGGACCCCCUGACCAAAAGAUCCAGGGGUUUCGGCUUCGUCACUUUCAUGGACCAGGCGGGGGUGGAUAAAGUACUGGCACAAUCGCGGCACGAGCUCGACUCCAAAACAAUUGAUCCCAAGGUGGCCUUUCCUCGGCGAGCACAGCCUAAGAUGGUGACUCGAACGAAGAAGAUCUUUGUUGGGGGGCUGUCAGUAAACACCACGGUGGAAGACGUGAAGCAGUAUUUUGAGCAGUUCGGGAAGGUGGACGAUGCCAUGCUGAUGUUUGACAAAACCACCAACCGGCACCGAGGGUUCGGCUUUGUCACGUUUGAGAGCGAGGACAUCGUGGAGAAAGUGUGUGAAAUCCACUUCCACGAAAUCAACAACAAAAUGGUGGAAUGUAAGAAAGCUCAGCCAAAAGAGGUGAUGUCACCGACUGGCUCGGCCCGGGGGAGGUCUCGAGUCAUGCCCUAUGGAAUGGACGCCUUCAUGCUGGGCAUCGGCAUGCUGGGUUACCCUGGUUUCCAAGCCACGACCUAUGCCAGCCGGAGUUAUACAGGCCUCGCCCCUGGCUACACCUACCAGUUCCCCGAAUUCCGUGUAGAGCGGACCCCUCUCCCGAGCGCCCCAGUCCUCCCCGAGCUUACAGCCAUUCCUCUCACUGCUUACGGACCCAUGGCAGCGGCAGCGGCAGCAGCAGCUGUGGUUCGAGGGACAGGCUCUCACCCCUGGACGAUGGCUCCCCCUCCAGGUUCAACUCCCAGCCGCACAGGGGGCUUCCUGGGGACCACCAGCCCGGGCCCCAUGGCCGAGCUCUAUGGGGCAGCCAACCAGGACUCGGGGGUCAGCAGUUACAUCAGCGCUGCCAGCCCCGCCCCCAGCACUGGCUUCGGCCACAGUCUUGGGGGCCCCUUGAUUGCCACAGCUUUCACCAAUGGGUACCACUGAAGCAGGAGGCAGGUGGCAGGAGCGCCCCGGCCUGCAGCUGACUGAGGACCACGAGUGAGCCAGCAAGGGGGCGGGGACACCUCAGCCGCAGCCGCCUUCCCCUCCCCCGCAGCGACUCGGACGCGACCGUCUACCCGCCCCCCCCUCCCGGCCCCGGCCCCUGCCCUGCU